CUCUCUCCUUGUCAGUGUCCAAAUGCAGGCAAGUGGCGACACAACUUAACAUUCUUUUUUCUACAAAUUUAUUCAGGACAGUCUGACAAAUUUUAAUUGGCAAAAUAAUCAUUCGUUGAAAAAAGAAAUGUUUCCUUCUGUAGUGUCCCUUACGGCGCAAGUGUUUUUGUAGCCACAGUAUGUCACGCGUUUCAAGAUGUUGCAUUGCUUUCCAAUUUUGUACCGCUGAUGGUCGUGCUUCAUCUUAAGCGUAAAAUUCGGAAUAAUCGCCACCUUUCACAUGUAACGAGUCUAACACUUCUUCGCUAUACUAUCACAUUUUUGUGCGUGCAGUGUAAGCGUUAGGUCGUAAGUAAACGUAAGGCCAAAGACCUGAUGUUUGCCGAAAUGUCUACCACCAUAUUGUUGGUAACCGUCCCACUUUUGGUGGUAAACUUCCUCUUUAUUGCUGUGGCCAUCUCGCCACGACAAAUAGUUGAAAGGAAACCCAUUUCAGAAGAUGCUUGGGCCUCUUUAAACUCCUACCGGGAAUCGGAUCCUCGUCAUUAUCUGGCCGAGGAGAUAGCAAACAUUAAAAGAAUUCGGCAAGAAUUGGAGCUUCUCCUUGAUUCUUUCCUUUCACUUAACAUCACAUGUGGUGUAUGUCCUCCUGGACCGCCUGGGCCUCCUGUAACUACGCGAAUACGAAGAGAAGCGAAAAAUGUUCAUCGUGGUGGAGGCUACCAAGGAGGAGGUCACGGAGGUGGAGGCUAUGGUGGAGGUGGCGGAGGCUAUGGUGGAAGUGGCGGAGGCUAUGGUGGAGGUGGCGGAAGUCAGAAGGGAAAAGGCGGAGGCAAUAAAGGAAAAGGUGGAGGUGGUGGGGGUUCACCCGGUCCUCCGGGCCCACCUGGACCUCCAGGUCCACCUGGUAGAAACGGGCAUGACGGAGAAAAAGGGGAUCCUGGUGAAGACGGGCAUCCUGGAUCAAAAGGCUCACCAGGUGAAAGAGGACCACCGGGAAAAGAUGGGGCUCCCGGGCCGAAAGGGCCACCAGGAGAAAAGGGCCAAGCGGGCAAAGAUGGAUCGAACGGAGAAAAUGGCGAUGACGGCAAAGAUGGGUCUCCCGGAGAACCAGGCCCAAAAGGGCCCAAAGGAGAUCCUGGUUUUCCUGGUUUUCCUGGUAAAGGUGGAAUUCCAGGAUUGGACGGAAUCCCUGGCGAUAAGGGAGAAGAUGGCUCUCCUGGAGAACCAGGCCCACAAGGACCCAAAGGAGAGGAAGGGCCCAAAGGAAGUCCCGGGGAAGACGGAGCUACAGGACCAGAGGGACCCAGCGGACAUCCAGGAAAGGAUGGUACUCCAGGCGAAAAAGGCUCUACGGGCUCUACGGGACCAACCGGACCAGUUGGCCCGAGUGGCUCCAACGGCAAAGACGGAUCACCGGGAGAAAAAGGUUCAACAGGUGAUACAGGUCCACCAGGGAAAGACGGAUCCCCGGGGCCUAAAGGUCCUCCUGGCGAAAAAGGUGAAACUGGAGACUCUGGAGCUGUUGGUUUGGCCGGACUUCCAGGCGAUCCCGGAAAAGCUGGCUGGCCUGGUCCUCAAGGUCCAACUGGGCCCAAAGGAGAUACCGGAAACGACGGGCCUGCAGGUAAAGAAGGCCCUACAGGGCCAGAAGGUCCAACCGGUCCGAGGGGGCCUCACGGGUCACCUGGUAAAGAUGGGAAAGACGGUCAUCCAGGCCCAAUAGGUGCUCCGGGUGCCAACGGAGUACCCGGCCCUGCCGGUCCACAAGGUAAGGCUGGGCCUCCCGGUUUUACUGGGUCUCCUGGACAUCCAGGCCAAAUAGGACAUAUCGGUCACAUAGGACCUGCAGGGCCACAAGGAAAAGCAGGCCCCGUAGGUCCACCAGGCAAAGCAGGUCCAGAGGGAAAGAGUGGACCUAAAGGUAAAGACGGUUCACCAGGACCUCCCGGUCGGCCUGGAGAACGUGGCCCACCUGGGCCAGGCGGGAAAGCCGGACCAUCAACGUCAGGGAAUUACGUACAAUAUCGAGCACCAAACGUAAAGAGCAAUUCCGGGGGGAAACAAAUCUCACCUGGAACUUCCGGGCUAUUUGGUUCUUCGUACCUUUCGCCCCAAAGCGGAAAACGUUCUCCUGUUACGGAACAGACGCAUCCUGCUGGAUCCGUGUCGCAAAACAAUGCGUCGCAACAGAAAGAACCCAAAGCGCCAAGUUCUGGCGUCAAAUCGAACGGUACGCCAUUCGCCGGAGGGUUUGGAACUUCAAUUUCAUUUGUAGACUUCUGGAAAUAGCCUAGAUAACGAAUACUCGACGUUUCAAAUUUCAUUAUUUCGUCAGUGCAAUUAUUCCGCAAACUUUCCCGAAAAGCGGCUUGUGCCAUGUAGCGCGUGUGAAAUGUAAAGCUUUCAACUAUAGAUCAGUUUUACCAUAUGUUACUUGAAGUUUCAAACGCUUUGACGUCAACAAAGAUGACGCCUUACCGACUUAGUUUCCAACUGGCUUGGAAAAGAAGAGUCUCGGAAUGUUGUGAAUUGUGCUGAAUAAUACCGUUAAAAACUAAUACACUUGAUGUUUUACCUAAUAAAUAUAUCUAACCUGA